AUUACAUAUAAUAUUAAUAUGAGUAACAUUACUUCACAAAAUGUCUCAUUAAGAUCAUUAUUUACCCUUAAUAAUAAUGACUUUAAAGAGUUUGUUUGUGGCUGGGGAGCUGCAGUUAUUAAUGUAUCUAUUACAUUUCCUAUUAAUAAAAUUAUAUUUAGACAGAUUUUGGAAGAUGUUCCAGCCAAUACUGCGUUUCAACAGAUAUCUAGAGAAGGAAUACGAUUAAUAUACCGUGGAAUUCUACCACCCCUUUGCCAAAAAACUCUUUCGGUUAGUGUAAUGUUUAGUAUGUAUGAAGGUUGCAAGGAACGACUGUGCACAUUAACAAAUAAUGAUAUAUUAAUUAGAAUAAUAGCAGCUCAUUUUGCUGGUACUGCUGAGGCUAUACUUAUGCCCCUUGAAAGAGUACAAACAUUGCUACAAGAUUGGCGGUAUCAUGAUAAAUUUAAAAAUACUUCUCAUGCAUUUAAAUAUUUAUUAAAAAAUUAUGGUAUAUCUGAAUGUUAUCGUGGAUUAGUUCCAAUUAUAUAUAGGAAUAGUUGGUCAAAUCUUAUGUUUUUUAUUCUGAAGGAAAAAUCAAAAAAAUUGAUAGGUGAACAAGAGUCAUUAUUAACAAGUUUCAUUAAUGGUGCUUUAAUAGGUGGCUUUACAAGUACUGUAUUUUACCCUAUGAAUGUAAUAAAAAUACAUAUGCAGUCAAAGAUAGGUGGUAAUUUUGAAAAAUUUAUGACUGUAACUCGUGAAAUAUAUAUUGUAAGGAAUAGAAGUAUAAUGUCAUUUUACAAUGGUGUGCAUUUAAAUUGUAUGAGAUCAUUUAUAAGUUGGGGAGUUAUAAAUGCAUCUUAUGAUUUUCUGAAAACGAUUAUGUUUUCAUAA